UCUGCAUGAGGUUUGGUGUGACGCUACCCUCGUGCAUGUUCACGGACUGUGUUGAGAGUCUGCGUGGAUUGAACACAACACGGAGACACGCAGAGGACUAAGGUGGACUCAGGAGGAGUACAUGGUGUCCACGAUCAUGACCUGACGUGUGAAUAACGAGGGAUGAAAAUACUGCAGAAGUUUCCUCCUCUAGACUGAAGAUAUGGACUCAUUCAAACAACAGAGAGUGGAGGACUUCUAUGAAAUUGGUGAAGAGCUGGGAAGCGGGCAGUUUGCCAUCGUAAAACAAUGCAGAGAGAAAAGCACGGGCCGGGAAUUCGCCGCCAAGUUCAUCAAGAAGCGUCAGAGCAUGGCGAGCUCUCGAGGGGUGAGGCGGGAGGAGAUCGAGCGUGAGGUGGACAUCCUGCAGCAGAUCCAGCACCCGAACAUCGUCACGCUGCAUGACGUCUACGAGAACCGGACCGACGUGGUGCUCAUCCUGGAGCUGGUCUCUGGAGGAGAGCUGUUUGACUUCCUGGCGCAGAAAGAGUCUCUGAGUGAAGAAGAGGCCACACAGUUCAUCAAACAGAUCCUGGAGGGGGUGAACUACCUGCACGCCAGGAAGAUCGCUCACUUCGAUCUCAAGCCUGAGAACAUCAUGCUGUUGGACAAAAACGUGCCGCUCCCCAGAAUCAAACUCAUCGACUUUGGUCUCGCACACAAAAUCGAAGCCGGGGUCGAGUUCAAAAACAUCUUUGGAACGCCGGAGUUCGUAGCUCCAGAGAUUGUGAACUACGAGCCGCUCGGACUGGAGGCUGACAUGUGGAGCAUCGGGGUCAUCACCUACAUCCUGCUGAGCGGGGCGUCGCCGUUCCUCGGGGAGACCAAACAGGACACUCUGGCGAACAUUUCUGCCAUAAAUUACGAGUUCGACGACGAGUUCUUCUGUCACACCAGCGAGCUGGCCAAGAAGUUCAUCAGCCAGCUGCUGGAGAAGGAUAAGAAGAAAAGAUUAACCAUUCAAGACGCUCUGAAUCACCCAUGGAUCAAGUCCAACGAGCACAAGGAGGAGACUAAAACCCUGGAGCCCAAGAAACGGGAGCGCCGGCAGCUGAAGACGAAGCGCCUGAGGGAGUACACCAUCAAGUCGCACUCCAGCAUGCCGCCAAACAACACGUAUGUGAACUUUGAGCGCUUCGCCCAGGUGGUGGAGGACAUCGACCAGAUGGAGAGCUCGUUCGUCAGCCUGGCAGCGGCUCACGACUCCCUGCAGGAGGACAUCGACGCCAUGGUGUCGGUCUAUAACGAGAAGGAGGCGUGGUACAAGGAGGAGAGCGAAGGAGUGCGUCACGAGCUCUCUCAGAUCCGAUACGAGUUCCGUAAGGUGGAGGCCUUUAAGCGCAGCCUGCAGGACGACAUGCAGGCCUUCAGCUCCAGCCUCAGCGCCGUCAACAGCCGCUACCAGGAGCGACAGAAUCACCUGGACGCCCUGCGCCUGGAGCUCAGCAACGAGCUGCAGUGGGUGCAGGAGGUGAUGGGCUCGUUCCCUCUGGAUGGAAGCGGAGGAGGAUACUCCAACUGCAACUUCUCCACCGUCUUCAACAACGACGUGAACGAGGCGCUGAAGGAGCUGCUGAACCGCUCGUGUGGAGGAGAGCUGCUGUCGGGGAUCAACCUGGACUUUGAAAGCGGACAGCAGAGAUAAACGCUUUUAGUUUCAUCGUUCAUUAAAACACGUUAACGUGUCACAAGGUGCUGCAUGUACGACCCUUAAGAAUAAUCUGAUGCUAAGAUUAAGGACGCACUCACACUCGGCCCAGUUGUCCCACGAUUGUCUCACACUGGUCAAAGGAACUGGACUUUGGUGGUCAAACGUAGGAUUGCCUAGUGUGAAUGCGCCCUUAAAUAUCAGGCAGAAAGAAAGCUUCUUUUCCACGUGCUGUAAAGCUUUGAGCGGCAUGUUUCAGUCUGGUAACAUCAGUCUGUAGUGCUGUGUGUUGAAGACAAAGACAACAAGAUAAUGUCUUUUCUGUUGGUGUAUGUUGUCCAUGAAAGCUUCAUAUAAAAGAGUAGAAACAUCUGAA